AGAUGGCGCCGCCCAUACUGAAUUCGUGAGCACCGAGAGCAGGUCAUCUCAAUGAAUAAACUGUUGGAUAAGUGACUCUUUGUGCGACAUCUUUAUGAAAUAUCACACAUACAGCAUAUAUAAACCAGGCAACUUGGAGGAACAGUGAGUUGCUACUUGCUACUUGACUAUACAUGUUGUACGUUCCCUGUGCGGACACUAGCAUCUGGUGUUGAUAAGGUGGCCUGAAUCAUGCACAUGAUGUCCGCGUGCAGCCUGGCCCUGCGUCCCCUCGCUCGGUCUCACCAGCUGGGCCGGCUGAGCUGCGUUCUCCAGAGGGCUUGGCACCGCGUGCGGUUCCCCGGCGUCCGCACGCUCUUCAGCGAGACGGGGCUGUGGGAGAAGGACUAUCGAGCGGAGACGCGGCGCAAAGUGGAGCAAUGGUGGCACCCACGCAUCAUGGAGCAGUGGAGGAGGGACCUGCCUCAGGAGGGCAGGAAGAAGUUCUAUGUCCUCUCCAUGUUCCCGUACCCGUCGGGGAGGCUGCACAUGGGACACGUGCGCGUGUACACCAUCAGCGACGUCCUCGGCCACUUUCAGAGGAUGAGAGGCCAUGAGGUGUUGAACCCGAUGGGCUGGGAUGCCUUUGGACUUCCGGCCGAAAACGCUGCCAUCGAGAGAGGCCUCGACCCAGAGGAAUGGACUAAAAGCAACAUCCAGUCCAUGCGCGAGCAGCUCGACAGCCUGGGUAUCUGUUUUAACUGGGACCGGGAAGUGACAACGUGCCUACCAGAUUACUACAGGUGGACCCAGUACCUGUUCGUCAAACUGUUCAAAGCCGGACUGGCCUAUCAGAAAGAGGCCCUGGUGAACUGGGACCCCGUGGACCACACCGUGCUGGCCGACGAGCAGGUGGACGAGGGGGGCCGCUCCUGGCGGUCGGGGGCUCUGGUGGAGCAGAGGCUGCUCAAACAGUGGUUCAUCAAGACCACCGAUUACGCCAAGCCCCUCCUCGAGGCCUUGGCGGACCUGCCCGAGUGGUACGGGGUCAAAGCCAUGCAGGCAAACUGGAUUGGAGAAUGCAGCGGUUGCUUCUUUGAUUUCCACCUCAAGGUGAGGGGUGAGGAGACGGGGGAGACGCUGGCGGCCUACACGGCCUCCCCCGAGGCCCUGUACGGCGCCGCCUACCUGGGGCUCCUCCCCUCCCACCGGCUGCUGCACGGCGCCAGCCCCGCCCGCCCAGCCCUGGAGGCCGCCCUCCAGCCCGGCCGAGACUCGCUGACGGAGGUGACCGCUCGCUGCUCUCUCACCGGACAGGAGGUGCCUCUGGUCAUCUCCAGCCGGCAGGCAUUUGACGGCCAUCUGGAUACGGUGAUCGGUAUCCCAGACAGCAGUGAAGAGGACUCGUCCGUGGCCGCCGCUCUGGGCGUGGCGUGGAACUCUGUCCUGCAGACGCACCCCGACGGCACUCAGACUCUGGUGAACUCCGACGAGUUCACAGGCCUCACCAGGGAGCAGGCGUUUGACGCCGUCACCCAGAAGGCCCGAGACGCCAAGGUGGGCGGGCACCUCACCAGCAACAAGCUCCGGGAUUGGCUGGUGUCCAGGCAGCGGUACUGGGGCACGCCCAUCCCCAUGGUGCACUGCGCGGCGUGCGGCCCCGUGGCCGUGCCGGAGGAGGAGCUCCCGGUGGUCCUCCCCAAGCUGCCCUCUCUGACGGGCCGGGGGGGGGCGGCCCUGGCCUCGGCCCAGGACUGGCUCCACUGCGCCUGCCCCAGAUAAACAACAAGUCGUGCGGGACAGGUGACGGUUCCGCUGCAGGUUUCCCAGGAUGCCGAACGCGUGCAGCAGCUGGUUCUGGCCAGCCCGCUGGACAGAAGCACCUCGCGGAUCGCCGCAUCCAGAGGGUCAUCCUGUCGCCGAGGACAACGCUCAUCAACUUCCUGGUGGACGAGUGAUGAAGGGGCGAAGCGCAGGAGAAUCCUCUCUGACUGCCUGUCGGUCUGUCUGUCUGUCUGUCUUGCCCUCCUUCUGUCAGUCAGACACGCCAGAGACAGUUUUUAUUGUGAUGGAUGAAUAACUCUUUUUGUACAUAUAUCUUAAAGGGAGUGUAAAUAAUAUAAAAUACUGUUUUUUCGUAUCA